AUGAUCAUGAUAUCAUUCUGCAACAUUUUCUUAGUACGAAACUUGGGAUCAGAUAGAAAUCUGAUGCAUGAAGAUUUGACAUAUUGUUUCUAACAAAUUCCCACAUACUCUUAUCCCUAAGUCCUUGGGGGUUUAAAUGGAUUUACAGAAUUCAACUGCAUUACAUAGGAUUCAACUUUUAGUACACUAAUUAUUGGAGGUUACUCUAACUCCAACGAUAUUGUGGAUUAGCUCAAUACCCCAAUAAUGAUAAAAAUUAAUUAAAACAGUGGUAGUGUUAUCUGGAGUUAGUAAUAUUAGUCAACUUCAUCAAUAGUAAGACCAUAGACUAUUUAAGUUUGCAAUAUUUAACAGGGAUCAUAAAAUUACAUUGUGGGCAUGUCAAAGUCCCCUGAAUUCGCAAUCUUUAUUAUGGAUUUUGCAACAGGCCUUCUGUAAAAGACUCUUUAUGAAUUUAAUUCAGAUGCCAGCUUUAAGUAAAUAACAAGAUCUCCUGGAGGAAUAUACAUGGAUUCAUCAAAUAAGAUCUAUGCAGUUUCGACUGAGAGUGAUAAAGUUAAAGUUUACUCCUUUGUUUAUGAUCAAGCAGCUUUAACUAUUAACCCAAUAAUUUAUAUUAAUUAUGGCAACGCACUCACAAAAUAUGUUUCAGUUUUUACCCUUCUAGAAUCUGAUUACUCUGCGAUUUACUUUACAGGAAGCUAUAAUCAAAAUCCAGCAAUUAUCAAGGUUAAUCUCUAAACUGGAGGAUCAUUGCUUGGCUUUUCACUAUAAGCAAGUGGAUCAUCAGCUUAAUAAUAAAUGGGAAGAUUUUCAAAAUUUACACAAGGUCUAAUAACUAAUCAAAUUGGAUGCGCUUAGAAUUUAGGUACUACAGUAUUUGAUAUAGCAUUUGUAUUUAUUACAGAAAUAGCAACUAUACAGACUCUUUCAAAAUCCUGGUAUCUUACAAUGACCGAGGCUACUAAGUGUACUGAUCUUAGAUAUUCCAGUUCAAUAGCUUACUAUCUCUUAAGUUAGGAUGGAUCAGCGAGAAACUUAUUUGGAUAACUAGAUACAUCAGCUUCCACUACUACUCUAAGUAUGACUCAAUUAUAACUUUCUUCAACUCAAUCAACACUUUUUUCGCAAAAUGCAUUUAUAGAUGCCAGUGGUAGCUUUUUCUAUUAUGUUGGCUCUUUGACAAAAAUAAGCUCACAUUCAUAUUCUUAAAGACUUGCAUUUGUUAUGAAAUUUCCAUAAAAUAAUCCCCUCCUACCUUCAAAUGCAGUAGUUUCUAUGACGGCAACGUAUUAAUCUCUAUUUUUAUUAGGUAAAAUUACUACUCCUAUCUCCCUAACGAUAAGUUCAAAUUCAGAGAAUGUAAUAUUGAAAGAUCCCUUAUCAUAUACAUCUAGCGAGUUAAUUUUGAUUGAUAAAUAAGAGGUACCGCCAAAUUUCUAAACUUACUAAAAUAUUGGAACAAUCACACCUUCUAGUGUUUAAUCUCAAAUUUACACAGUAGCUGAACCUGCUUUGGUCAUUAAUUAUGCAGACUUUACGUAUAGUGUUUCAUGCUAGGAAACUUUAUAAUGGACUUAUAGUUCUAAAUUAUCAAAUGGAUCAGAUUUGCCUAAUUGGAUUUAAUUUACGCAACUCUCAGUUGGAAAUGGAUUUUAAUUUACAAUUUAAACAAAUGAUAACUCCACAUUUGGCAUCUAUCAGAUACUUUUAAUUGGUCUGUUGAAUAGUCUUUAUUCAGGAUAAACAACAUUUCAGCUUACUGUUAAUUCCCUUCAAUCUUCGACACAAACCACAACAACAACUACAACAACUCCAAAUCCAACUACUACUACUCCAAUACCUACAACUUAAACUACUUUUUCAAGUAAUCUCAUUUCUAAUCGAGCACCAUAUUUUGAGACUAAACUUCAAGACUAGAUAUUGAUUUUUUAUGAUGAACAAUAUAUUCUUCGAUUUCCUAAAGUAAUUGAACCAGAUUAAGACUUAUUUGAAAUUAAAGUAGUAAAUCAACUAGAAAGUAAAUUACCAGAUUUUAUCACUUACCAUUCAAAUGAGCUAUUUAUCAAACCUAGUCUCCCAGAUAUCGGAGAUUACGUAAUAAUAAUAAUUGUCAAAGAUGAUAAUACCACUUACCCUAUGUAGAAUCAGUAUUUGAUUAAACUAAAAGUUCAAGGUAGAUAAAAAUAUAGAGAUAUUCAAAAACCAAACAUUUCAUUACCUUAUUCAAAUGGCGAAAUUCCUUCAUAUCAAAGCAUUUUAGGAAGCAAGGAUAUUAGUAUAAUUUACUUAAAUACACAAGGUAAACUAAAAUUAGAAUUCAGUCAAGCUCUUCUUCAAAAUAGAAAUAUUCAGGAUUUGAUAAGAAAUUACUUAGAUAUAUAAACUACUGAUGGAGAAAAUCAAGUUAAAUCUUGGCAUGCUAUUGAAACAAUAAAUGAUUAUAAUAAGAUCGAAAUAUAGAUAGAAUUUUUAAAUGAUAAAAACAUAUCAAUGGGAUAAAUCUAGGAUUAGCUUCAAGUCUCUGUUAAUUUAACCUAAAAUAGCUAGUUAAUAUAAGUAUUUAAGCUAAUUCCUCCUUAAGAGUAAAACUUAGAAUUUAAUUCUAUCAUUAAUGAUAUCACUACCAAUACAAUUUCAACAGUAUUAUAUGGAAGCAUUGGUAUCAAUAUGCUUAUUGGGACAAGUUUACAAUUAGUUUGGGGAAUGGUGAAUACUCUUUAAUUAGUUUCUCACACUCCCUUGUUUUCUAUACCAUAUACAGCAGAAAUUCUGAUAUUUUUAAAAGCUGUAUUCACAGUCGUUACAUUUGAUCCUUUCAAUUCUAGUCAGCAUCUUUAAAAGAUAUUUUAACUUCGACCAGUUGAUGAGUAUGAGGACUUUAAUGAUAGAUUUGAAUUCCUAGGAUAUGACAAUUCAAAUUUUAUAUAUCUGAUUGGGCCACCGAUUCUUUUACUUAUUUUCAAUAUUGGGUUAAUCUUGAUUUUUGCAUUGAUAAGGCUUGUUAAAUCCUCUAAAUUAAGAAAGAUUGAUGAAUAUCUCUGA